GCGAUGCUAACGCUAGCUAAACUGUAACCUAGUUUUUUAUUUGUAACGUUUUUAAGGAUUAAUUUUCAAAUGUAGAAUUUGAAUGUCAGUUCGGUUCAUAUUCUUUACAGAACGAGUUUAAUCUUAAAUAUUUACGCGAAGAAGACACGUAAGAUUUAUGAGGCUAAUUAGUUAGCGAGCUAGCUGUAUGUUCUGAACCGUGUGUGUAUAUGAAGGCACAGGCUGCUGAAAAUCAAACCCAGAGUGAAGAUGACACCAUGGUUCCGGUUCUAACAUCUAAACGAGCCAGUGAACUUCCUGUAAACGAAGUGGUGUGUGUACUGCAGGCCGACCUUCAGCUCGGCCUCUCUCACGAGGAGGUGAUCCGGCGGCGAACCUACCACGGCUGGAACGAGUUCGACAUCAGCGAGGAUGAACCACUCUGGAGGAAGUACCUCUGUCAGUUUAAGGAUCCUCUCAUCCUGCUGCUGCUGGUGUCGGCGGUGAUCAGCAUGCUGAUGCGGCAGUUUGACGACGCCAUCAGCAUCACCGUGGCCAUCGUCAUCGUCGUUACUGUGGCCUUCGUGCAGGAAUAUCGCUCUGAGAAAUCCCUGGAAGAGUUGGGAAAGCUAGUGCCUCCGGAAUGCCACUGUAUAAGAGAUGGACGGUUAGAGAAAAUGUUGGCGAGGGAUCUGGUUCCUGGGGAUACAGUUUGCCUGACGGUGGGAGAAAGGGUCCCGGCUGACCUCCGCCUGUUUGAGUCUGUAGAUCUGUGUGUAGAUGAGUCCAGUCUCACAGGAGAAACCACCCCCUGCCCCAAAACCUGCGCCCCUCAGCCGGCCAGCAGCGACAUCACGUCCCGGAGUAACAUCGCCUUCAUGGGGACGCUGGUGUGCUCCGGCAAGGCCAAGGGACUCGUCAUAGGAACGGGGGAGGACUCCGAAUUCGGCGAGGUCUUCAAAAUGAUGCAGGCGGAAGAGGCACCCAAGACCCCUCUGCAGAAGAGCAUGGAUCUUCUGGGGAAGCAGCUCUCGCUCUACUCCUUCUGCAUCAUAGGUGUGAUCAUGAUUGUGGGGUGGCUGCAGGGCAAAUACAUCCUGGACAUGUUCACCAUCGGCGUCAGCCUGGCGGUAGCUGCGAUCCCGGAGGGUCUGCCCAUCGUGGUGACGGUUACGCUCGCUCUGGGAGUGAUGAGGAUGGUGAAGAAGAGAGCCAUAGUCAAGAAGCUGCCCAUCGUGGAGACGCUCGGCUGCUGUAACGUGAUCUGCUCGGACAAAACGGGGACCCUCACCAAAAACGAAAUGACCGUGACUCACGUCUUCACGGCUGACGGACAGAGAGCGGAGGUGACAGGGGUGGGGUAUAACGGUGCUGGAGAGGUGCUGCUGGAUGGCAAGGUGGUGCACGGAUUUUCCAACACCGCUGUCUGUAAGCUGGUCGAGGCCGGUUGUAUUUGUAACGAUGCGGUCAUCAGGAACAACACUCUGAUGGGGCGACCAACGGAGGGCGCUAUCAUCGCUCUGGCCAUGAAGGUGGGUUUGGAAAGUGUGCAGCAGGAAUUUGUGCGUCUGGAAGAGAUCCCGUUCUCCUCCGAGCAGAAAUGGAUGGCGGUUCGAUCGGUCCAUCGUACGCAGCAGGAUAAGCCGGGCAUGUUCUACGUGAAAGGAGCUUUUGAGAAGGUCAUCACGUUCUGUAAGACCUACCACAGUAAAGGAGCGUCGCUGCCUAUCACCAGCCAGCAGAGGGAGCUGUACCAGCAAGAGAAGAGCUACAUGGGCUCAGCAGGACUCCGAGUUCUAGCCUUUGCCUCUGGUACUGAGUUGGGCUCUCUGACGUUCCUGGGCCUGGUUGGCAUCAUCGAUCCCCCGAGGAUGGGGGUUAAAGACGCCGUGACGACACUCGUGGGCUCCGGCGUGUGUGUGAAAAUGAUCACAGGAGACUCGCAGGAAACCGCAGUGGCCAUCGCAAAUCGACUGGGUCUGUACAUGAAAGGAUCUCAGAGUUUAUCUGGGGACGAGGUGGACAGGAUGGACAUUCAGCAGCUCUCACAGAUCGUACCCAGGACGGUGGUGUUCUACAGAGCGAGUCCCAGACACAAACUCAAAAUAGUCAAGUCCCUGCAGAACAUCGGCGCGGUGGUGGCGAUGACCGGUGACGGCGUGAACGACGCUGUGGCUCUGAGAGCGGCCGAUAUCGGCAUCGCCAUGGGUCAGUCGGGCACUGACGUGUGUAGGGAGGCGGCGGACAUGAUCCUGGUGGACGACGACUUUCAGACCAUCAUGUCCGCCAUCGAGGAGGGAAAGGGCAUCUACAACAACAUCAAGAACUUUGUACGAUUUCAGCUCAGCACGAGCAUAGCCGCCCUGGCGCUCAUCUCUCUGGCAACUCUGAUGAACUUCCCUAACCCGCUGAAUGCCAUGCAGAUCCUCUGGAUCAACAUCAUCAUGGACGGACCACCUGCUCAGAGUUUGGGUGUUGAACCGGUUGACGUUGAUAUUAUUCGUAAACCUCCACGUAACGUACGAGACAGCAUACUCACACGCAACCUGAUCGUGAAGGUGCUCGUCUCGGCCUUCAUCAUCGUCUGCGGAACGCUCUUCGUCUUCUGGAGAGAGCUGCGAGACAACGAGAUAACACCACGAGACACCACCAUGACCUUCACCUGCUUCGUCUUCUUCGACAUGUUCAACGCCCUCAGCUCUCGCUCCCAGACUCAGCUGGUGCAUGAGAUGGGGCUUUGCAGUAACAGGACGUUCUGCUUCGCUGUCCUGGCCUCUAUCAUGGGGCAGCUGCUGGUCAUCUACUUCCCUCCACUGCAGGCGGUCUUUCAGACCGAGAGCCUCAGCAUUCUAGAUCUGCUCUUUCUGGUGGGCCUGACGUCAUCGGUGUGCGUGGUGUCCGAGCUCAUAAAGGUGGUGGAGAGAUGGAGAAAAGAAGUAAGAGAGGAAAAAGAGGCAUCGGACGCCUUCCACGACGUAUGACGAACGUUGGGUCUCGUGAAGAUCGAACAACUGAUUGUGAGGACCGGGGGGAGGGCUGAAGUUUUGAGUUUAUUGGAUUUGCACUGGGUCUUCAAACUCUUGGACUUCAAUAUGGAGCAGAAGGACAGGUCAGGUGUCUUCUGAUGAGCAGGAAGGUCUGUCGUUGAAUUAUGACAGGAGGGCCCAAGCUGGACUUCAGUAUGCUUUAAGACUCGUCCAUGAAGUAUGUUUAUCAGAUCCUGUGGCUGUGGUUACAGUGGUCGGUGACGUUCUUGUUUCUGAUGCUCUAGGGCCGACACCUUUAUUAUUUGGGUCUCUCUCUUUUCCUGAACUGUUGCUGGUUGUAGUUUUGUGGAACAAUAUGGUUAAAACUAACGCCUUUGCAUUUUUGCAAACGAUGCUUGAAUAAUUGUGUCAACUAGGCAUGUGCCAAUAAUCGUUUAUACGAUGUACAAUUUUAUAUGUUUCAUAUUUCAGUAAGUGUUUAGUACACAUGUUCCUUUUUGGAGCAGCUCUCUAGAUAAGCAGCUUCUUUGAUCUUUAUAAGGUUCCCUCAGAUGCUGUCCAAAACAAUCAUGAUACCAACCAGAAAGUGAAAUAGCACUUACAAUACAAUAAAUUUAACAUCAGCACAUGCCUAAUGUCGGAGGAAAUGUUCAGUUUCAAUAUUCUGUACUAAUCAAUCUAUUUAUAUUUACACAGCAUCACACGGCGAUUUUAUACACGCUGGUUAUGCACUGAUUCAUUAUGAACAAGGUGAAGGUUUAUUGUAAGCACUGAAAUAACGAUUCCCUUUAAUAGUGUCCUGAUUUUUAAUGUUACAUUUAUUUAGGGGAACUUUAAUACUGUUAAAAACAUCAAAACUAAUGAUAUGACUGCAAAAAAAGAAAUAUAAACGUACAUUAUUUAUCCCAGAUAACCACAGAUGCUCAGUCAUGUAGGCUUGGUGUCUGAAGUUUGCACUGCAGCUAUAAGAUGAACAGAAGUUUCACUCACCUAAGAACAUUUCUUAUGAACCAGAACUUUAGAUGCAUCUUAAAUAUCUGAUCUGAUCAAAAUCUAUGAAUAAUGUCCAUGUAUGGCCAAAAGUAUUUGGACACCUGACCAUGAGCUUGUUGGACGUCCAAUUUUAAAGACAAAUGGUAUUAAAACAGCAGCCGCUCUUUUAAGGCAUCGUCUGAGAAGACUAUAGAGUAUGUCGGUCAGAAUUUGUGCCCAUUCAGUAGUGCAAAAGAGCAUUUGUAUGGCUGGGCACCGAUGUCCACCAAGGAAGCCAAUCCACCACAGGGCUUCGACCCCUCAGCAGACGUGUUGAAUAGCAUGUCUGUCUAAACAAUGUGAUUUAAAGUGAGCACAUACAGAUUUAUACAUGUAUUUAUUUAAAAAUACUUUAUUUUUAAUAAUUAAAUAGCAAACUUCAGACACCAGUUGUCUAACUGAUGGACUGUAACUGUAGGGGACGUUGUUUACACUUCAUUUGCGGCUACACGGUUCCUGAGGUACCACGUUCGCUUGGUUUUCAUCUGGUACUAAAACACUGAGCACUGUAACAGAUAAAGCCAAAUUUAACUGAGUUUAUUUGAGGUUUUAUUUCUCUUUUCAGGUCAGUGUAGUUGCAGUAGAUCGAUUUUGUGUAGGAAGGAAACGUAUGCCGUGCUGUAUUGGUUUACACGAGUCCAUCACAGUAAACAGUGUACAGUAGUGCAUCUGAAAAAUCAAACACAGUCGCAUCACCUCUACUGAAGAGAUUUUAAACAGUUUACAAUAACACACGUCUGGUUUGAUGCUGAAUAAAAUGAUGAGGUCUGUUUUAUAACUGGUACAUGCCUAGUUGAUGCCAGUGAGCCCACAUUUCCCAGCUCCACUUUCUUUCUUCAUAUUGAGGAAAAUAUUAAUGCAGUUUAUCGUCAUUUCUUUAUUAGCAGUAACUGGUUCUCUGCUGCCAUGUUUAUUCUUAUACGCCAAUCACUAGAAUUAAUUAACAAAUUUUCUCUUUUUUUGGUCACCGUAGUUACCUGUAUAUCUUAUUUUCACCAGACUGGUCACGAGCUACAGUGGAAUUGGGGAUUAAUAUUUUUUUAGAUUGUAUUUAAUUUAUUUUGCGUUAUGCACAAUUAAGUUAAUGAUCUGUUAUGUCGAUUUCAGAACAUGAUUGUACAUUAAAAUUUCUACAACUCUUUA